CACACACAACGCCAUCAUUGUCCCAACAUAUUCUAAGAAUCUUCUCUCUUUCUCUCUCUGUGGUGUAAGCAACAAAAUUCCAUCAAGUUUCUUAUUAUGUGGAGUUGUGUACGAGUGUGACUCUUUCUUCAUAAUUUCCAUGCUUGCAAAUGUGAGUGCCAGUUGCUGAGUUGAAGGUGCCACUUGGCCACAAGUGUUGUAACCAUGUGUGUGCAAGAUGGAGAGCAAGUUGAUGAAGACAUAGAGAAGAACGUUGAUAAUAACAGAAGGAUGCCAUGGCCUUUGCAUUGUGAUCUCUUGCAUGCCCACAUGGAUAACAGGGAAAAAGACUCUUCUUUUAGAACUCCCUCUGACCAGAUCAGUGUUGCAAAUUCAUUUCCUCUGGAAAGCAUAUGUGAGGAUGCAGAAAUUGUGGACAAGAAACAGAACCUGAUGAACUUUGUUCCUACUCUUCGGUCUGGAGAGUGGUCUGAUAUUGGAGAUCGCCAUUCCAUGGAGGAUACCCACAUAUGCAUUGGAGACUUGGUAGAAAAAUUUGGCAAUAACGUACUUUGUGACGAAGCUAUUUCCUUUUAUGGUGUAUUUGAUGGGCACGGAGGGAAGAGUGCCGCACAAUUUGUUCGUGAUCAUCUGCCUCGGGUGAUUGUUGAGGACGCAGACUUUCCAUUGGAACUUGAGAAGGUUGUCAAAAGGUCAUUUUUGGAGACUGAUGCAGAGUUUGCAAGGACGUGUUCUCUCGAGUCUUCUGGUACAACUGCACUGACUGCAAUUAUAUUUGGAAGGUCUUUACUUGUAGCCAAUGCUGGAGACUGCCGUGCUGUGUUGUCCCGUGGUGGAGGGGCCAUAGAAAUGUCCAAAGAUCAUAGGCCAUUGUGCAUUAAAGAAAGGAUGAGGAUUGAGUCCCUUGGUGGAUACGUAGACGAUGGUUACCUGAACGGCCAGUUAGGCGUGACUCGUGCUCUAGGUGACUGGCAUCUUGAAGGAAUGAAGGAAAUGAAUGGAAAGGGUGGACCAUUGAGUGCUGAGCCUGAGCUUAAAUUGAUGACAUUGACCAAAGAAGAUGAGUUCUUGAUAAUUGGCAGUGAUGGAAUAUGGGAUGUUUUCCGCAGCCAAAAUGCUGUGGACUUUGCUCGAAGGAGGCUUCAAGAGCACAAUGAUGUGAAGCAGUGUUGCAAGGAGAUAAUAGGGGAAGCAAUAAAGAGAGGUGCAACGGACAACUUGACAGUGGUGAUGAUAUGUUUCCAUUCUGAACCACCACCUCCUGUUGUUGUAGAAAGGCCUAGAGUCAGAAGAAGCAUAUCUGCUGAGGGACUUCAAAAUCUAAAAUGCUUGCUAGAAGGAUAGAACAUUCUUGUCUGCAAGAUAAAUGAUUUUUUGAGCUGAGACUAUGUACAUAAAUUCAUCCAUCUCAAUGAAAAAGCCUUUCUGCCUCCUCUUGUUUCUGAUCCCUUAGUAAGGAACACACCCACAUGCAAAUUCAAAUAAAAUUCAUACCGUUGUAUAAUUAUUUUUCCCAUUGUUAUUAUUGGGAAACUGAGAAACACGAAUUAUGUAUAUCUUGUACAAUGUGAUUUAUGCACACAACAUCGUAGCAUUGUGCUCUUACUUUU